GUCUCAUAGUCAGGUGAGGGGACAGAGUUGCAGUAAACUUCUUCAGAGGGCGACAAGAAACACAGUUGCGCCGUAAAACUAAUAUCCGCGAUGUUUGUUGCGCCACUAUGCUGAAAUUGCGCCUUGUGCUUGAACUUGACUUUACAGCUGACGGUGUCGCGUUUGUAUAAAUGGAAAGGUGGCAGGGUGGCGCGCGCCUUUGCCCCGCUGUAAGCAUGGACGCGUGGAUUCUGCUCAGUGGGGCUCUGAUCCUACAAAGCGUUUGCGGCCAGAGCAGUGUGAGAUGGUGCACAGUUUCCCCACAAGAAAUGAAUAAGUGUGAGGAUAUGGCGAAUGCCUUCCGCGGCGCGUCCAUCAGUCCGUCGCUGCGGUGCGUCCUCGGCAGUUCAGCGGAGGAAUGUGCGCGCAAACUCACGAAAAACGAAGCUGAUGCCUUUUCCUUAAAAGCGAAAGAAAUUUAUUCCAUUGGGAAGCAGUCGGCCUUCAAAAUUGCUGCCGGAGAGUCGCAAAGAGAUGGGGAGGGAACAACCUACUAUGCAGUGGCAGUCGUGAAAAAAAGCAACAAAGCAAUCAGCAUGAAUAGCCUCAAGGGCAGGAGAUCCUGUCACACAGGGAAGCGGCGCACCACCGGCUGGGACAUGGCCCUCGGCUCCCUCAUCGACAGCGGCAGAAUGUCUGUCAUGGGCUGUAACAUCUCACAAGGUGUGGCAGAUUUUUUCUCGGCCAGCUGUAUUCCAGGCGCUAACGAGGCUGGGGACCCACCUGCCCUGUGUGAGCUGUGUAUCGGUGAUGAGGCAGGACAGGGCAAGUGCGCAAACAGCAGCCAGGAGAGAUACUUCUCAUACGAAGGUGCUUUCAGGUGUCUGGCCGAAGACGCCGGUGAUGUCGCCUUUGUCAAACACACCACGGUCAUGGACAACACUGAUGGGAAGAAUCCCAACCCGUGGGCCCAGAAUCUGACGUCGGAGGACUUUGAACUGCUGUGUCCAGAUGGGAGGCGGGCCGGGGUGAAGGAAUUCAGGAGGUGCAACCUCGUGCGGGUGCCGUGGCGUGGCGUCCUGGUCCGCCCUGAAAUUCCCAGCGCGCUGCUUUUCGACAUGCUCCGACAAGGAACAAAACACUUCAACAUGUUUUCAUCUCAGUCCUACGGAGGCACAGACCUGAUGUUCAGUGACAAUUCAACAAACUUUAUCACAGCUGAAAACGAAGACUAUAGGUCCUGGAUGGGACUGCGCUACUACAACGCUCUUAAAGCAAUGGACUGCAAAGCCUCAGACCUGCCGCAAUUCCUGCGCUGGUGUGUGGUAUCCGAUGGUGAGCUGCAGAAAUGCGUGGACAUGGCCACCGCAUUCAACAUGAAGUCACUGACCCCGUUGAUCCAGUGCAUUUCGGGGAGGUCUCGGGAAGACUGCAUGCAGAAGAUACAGAAUAAGGAGGCUGACAUCAUUACGCUGGAUGGUGGCUUCGUCUACACGGCAGGGAAGACUUACGGGUUGGUUCCUGCAGCUGGCGAGAGCUACACAGGUGGCGACGAUGGCAGCAUUUACUACGCUGUAGCAGUCAUCAAGAAAUCCAACAGGAAUAUUUACAGCCUUGGUGACUUACGGGGCAGGACGUCGUGCCACACGGGCUACGGGAGGACCGCGGGCUGGAACGUUCCCAUGGGAAUCCUGAUUGAUCAAGGUUUCAUAAGGCCUCAGACAUGCCAGGAGGCACAAGCUGCUGGGGGAUUCUUCAAGGCCAGCUGUGUCCCGGGAGCAGAUCGGGAUGGCUUUCCCAGUAACCUCUGCUCACAGUGCAUUGGGGACUCCAAUGGGCAGAACAAAUGUGUACAAGACAAGGACCAGUACGACGGGUAUAAUGGUGCCUUCAGGUGCCUUGUGGCAGACGAUGGAGAAGUCGCCUUUGUGAAGCACUCCACUGUUUUCCAGAACACAGAUGGAAGCUCCACAGAACCUUGGGCCAUAGAUUUGCAGUCAAGAAGCUUUCAGUUACUUUGUCCCCAUGGGGCAAGGGCAGAAGUUGCCAGCUAUGCCGACUGCAACCUGGCACGGGUUCCCUCCCAUGCCCUGAUGGUUCGGCCUGACACAAACGUCCAUGCCAUCUUUGGCCUCCUUGAUAAAGCCCAAGGAUUCUACGGUGACGACACAGGCACUGGCUUCAAAAUGUUUGACUCUUCCAACUACCCGGGCAGUGACCUCAUCUUCAAGGACUCCACGGUGAGAAUAAUUGGAGUGGGGGAGAGGAAGACCCACGAGGAGUGGCUGGGACAGGCCUACUUGGACUCCCUACGAGCUUUGGAGUGCCCUUCCGCUGCCACAGCACUGUCGGUCUCCUCUCUGGUGCCAGCGGCUCUCCUAUCGGUCUUCAUCUUCUUUGGUCUGUAAGAUGCAGCCUCUCACUCACAGCCACAAAAUUUUCUGGAAGCCCUAUCGUGCAUAGAUUUUUGCAGUCUUGUUGUAAUGCUACAAAUGCUUUGAAUUUGGUGUCACUGCUUGAUACGUUAACAUGAAAUACUGAUUUCGCUUUCUCAAGUCAUAAUGUUAUAACUCCCACAACAGAUGUAUAUGCCAGGGCAAAUAUGUAUGUUUUGUAUAUUCGGAUUUUCAAUAGCCAAAGGCAACUGUCAUAGCAGUGAGAAUGCUUUGUUUUGUACAGCAUUUCCUGUGUAGUAUUUCUUUAGUCAUAUAUGCUAUGCCUGAACUCCUUGUAAACUACUUGAAGGCACUUUCCAUAUCAGGGUAUAUGCAGUGGCCUGCACAUGCUCCCUCGAACAGAAAAGCUAGUGCACCCUCAGUGAUUAUGCACUAUUUUUGCACUGCAUGGUUUCUCUCACCUCUGCACAAACAUGGUCGGAUUUCCAGCUAACAUUUCCUGCAAAUGACUGUCUAAUUUCCAAAGGUAAUGCCAAUGUCAAUGAUGAUGCAAUGAAUGUAUACAAUACUGAGGCAUCAGCAGUCACACAGACAUCAGGUAUCUGGAGAGAAGCUGAAAGCCCUUUUUAGCCUUGGAUUGAAGCUGGUGAAUUAUGCCUUAUCGAUCGCACUCGACUGGAGUCUGAUUGUGAUGGUGGGUUAUUUUAACUUUGUACUAGCAAUUAUAUGAAGUUUUCUGACACGCGAGAGCGACUGCAAUGUGUGACAGUCGUUAAAUUGCUGCCCCCGUACUGCAGCAAGGUAAUGGGGCUCACGGUAAUUUUAUUGCAUCUCUUCUCUGUUAAUUGGUUUCUGUUUGAUAAAUCUAUUACUCUUGAUAUUUUAGACGACGAAUACGUUACUAUUUUCAAUGCCUCAACACUCAUCGUCAUUCAACAACUGAAAUAUGUGGAAAUAUCCCAUUAGCAGAUUACUGUACCUGCUGAACUACUAAUUCAUACUCUAAUAAAAAAAAAACAUUAAAGCUGCAUUUUUGAUUGAAA